AUGGCACCAAAAGGACCCUACAAGCUCGUUACAGUUAACAAAGUACCAGCUCGGGCAAAGAUCUUGAUUGGAAGAGUUGUCGAGGAUGUUAAGGAGAACUAUACCAUUGAAUAUGUCAAAAACGCUGAGCGAAUGGAAGACGUGAAAGCCAUGGUCGAGGAGCAACAACCGGAUGUUUUAUUCGUAGCCUCAAUGUGGACCACCGAAGAAGCAAACGAGAUCCAAGAAAUCGCCAAAUCCACCAAACCAGGUAUCAAAACUAUGGCCAUCCCACACGGAUUACAAAUCGAAAAGGGUCCUGAUGCUGUUGUCGAGUUUUUGAAGGAGCAAUGGCCGGGACUUGUUGAUAAUUAG